AUGCAGAUUCAGACUCAAAUUUACACUCUUUGUUGCGCUCCUGUAUUAAAAACAGCAGCGUUUUCAAGAAAACCAGUUGGUUUAAUAGCAAACAAAAAUGCGAAUUUGGGUGUUUCCUUCUUGGGUGGAGAUUCGAGAAGAAAUUUAUGGCAGCAUUGGCGAAAGAAGAAUGAAUACCCCAUAAUUUCAGCUGUUGAGGAAGGAAAUUUGGGAGCUCACUUACGAAGGAAAAGAGGAGUUGUUGAGCACAUAUGUCUAAUCAGAGCAAAGGAAGAUUUGUCCGAAGAACAAGAGAAAGAUAUGCUGGAUUAUCUGUAUACGACGCAAUACCAGAUGCGUGGCAUCAUUGCCAUAUCAUUAGGACGUAUUUCUAAUCAAGGUCUUGAAAAAUAUACCCAUGCCAUCUUCAUGCGUUUCCAGACAAAAGAGGACAUUUCCAAGUUCUAUGAGAACCCUUUCUAUAUGGGAGUUCUUAAGGACCAUGUGAUGCCUUACUGCCAUGCAGUUGUUGAUGUUGACUAUGAAUCUGAAGUAGAAGACGACAUCCUGCCUAUAUUUCGGAAAGGAGAGGAGUUCAACUAUGGGGUUGAGUCUGUGGUUCUUAUAUCAUUUAAUAAGAGUUCAAUAGGUCGACCUGCACAAGCUGCCCUGGAUGCUCUCGCUAAUCUGACACUGGCGUUCCCUUCCUUAAUUGUUCAAGCUACUAAAGGUCGAAAUAUUAAUAAUAGCAGUAAGGAAUAUACUCAUGGGGCAGUAAUACGAUUUCGAUCAUUCGAGGCCUACGAGAUAUUUGUGAACAGUUCAGAAUACACAGAUAUCCAGUCGGCAAGGAGCUCAUGUAACAAGGAAAUUGUACUUGGUGGAUCACUGAAUGGAGUCUUAGUUGGCUACAUCUAUGCUGACCUAAUGGAGUUGGCUCGUCUCGGCCUGGCCCUCCUUGGUACGGACCUACAGGCCACUGAGAAAUGUGGCUGCCCAGCCCUCUACAAAACCUGGAUCAAUCCACGCCUACCCAGGCAUUUGAGCAAGGCGUCGUGCCUCUUGUCUACCGGUCCGACUCGGUCUGGUUCAAAUGACACCGCUGCUUGGAUGGGUUUCUGUGGGGUGGCUAGAAUGGCAUCUCUGUGGAUGUUGCGGCCAGUGGAGCAGUGGCUGACGGCGAGUAACACCGCCAUGACUAGCAGAAAUGGGAUGGGCGAAUAA